AUGAUGGAGAGCGACAAGGGAAAGCAUUGCUAUCCCCCGGAACAUUGCAGUCCAUACGGAAUUUUCAAUAGUAUAACAAAAUGCUACCUCUGCAAUGAAAGCAAUGUUGAGUCUUUCAUUUUUAACGAAGAGGGGAUACCCCCGAAUAGCGCAGAAGGGCAUAACCAUGCAACCGCUAACGAAUGCGCAGGUGCACUAAAAGGUGAAUGCGCUUGUGGCGGUCUUUUAUACAAAGGGAACCUUGAAGAGAGUGUAAAUAUCAAUUAUACAGAUCGAAGGAGUGCUUCUACAUUAGCAAAAAGGGAGGAAGGAACGAGCGAAAAUGAUACUAAACCUGUUGACCUUAAAAAUGGAAUAAGUAGCUAUGCCUAUCUGGGAGAAAGGACAUCACAUAUAUUGCAAACAAAUGACUCUUUUCGUCGGAGCGUAAUUUAUACAUCAAACGAAACGCCAACAAAUAGGACAUACAUUCCGAGGGUAAACUCUGAUCAGAAGAUAAAAGUGCACAGCGAUCUUUACGUUUAUGUUGAGGAAUGUCGCCUACAGGGGGAAACGCGCGAGGGUACCACAAGAAGAGACCGACAUAGCACGAGAAGUAGUCUUAAUACUCCUCUGAGUGAAGAUAAACCGUUUAACUACACACGUAAGAAGGACCAUCUGCAAAUGAUGGACAAUACGAGCAGCACAUACCACCCCGACGAUGAGAACACCUAUGUCUAUGAUAACCUAACGGGGCAUAACGGCACAAGAGAUGAGUUAACACUGAAAAAAAUGAAAACAACGAUCCAUCUUGGUGAUAAGUUAAAGGAACUCUCUAAAUCUGAAUACAUAGCGAAGCAUUCAGAACCGUUUGGCAGCUCUGAAAUUAAAGAACACGAUGCAGUGUCACCAUCCUUGGUGGAUAAGGAACUGACUAGGCAUAAAGAGUCUAACAGCAAUAAUCACCAAAAUGGGGGCACCUGUACAGAUGGAGCAGUAACAACGGAAGCAUGCAAGAAGGACGUUUGUUUUUCUGUGAUUAAUUCUACCACAGAAGGGACAAAUGUACAACCACAGCUCCUUGACAACUUUAGUCAAACUGUUGGAAAGAAAAAAAGAAUUUUAAAAAUGAAGAGGAGACUAAAAAUUGGUCUAAAAGGAAGAAGAAAGAAAAGAACUAAAAAUGCCUUUUUGAAGAAAAAGCCAUAUAAUGGAAACAAACAUCGUGUUAGUAAAACAAAAAAAAAGAAAGGCACCUCCUCGAGAAAGAGAAUCCCAAUGAGUAAAGGAAAAAAGGGCUAUGAGCAUAGGGGGAAUAAAAAAAGGAAUAAGUUGGGAUCGAAAAAUGCUAAGGAUUAUGCUCCAUUCAAAUUUCCAAUUAGGAAGAGAGACAAAAAGAUUCCAUCAGAUAUGCAAAAAAGGGUGAAUGAGAACAUCGCUGAGCUCAUUUAUUCCAAGCUGCAUGACAAGAACCGGAAAAAUAAGCCAAGAGAAAGUGAGCCCCCGAUCAUGAGUCAGACAAAGUUUGCUAAAAGAAAAUCACAAAAAAAUGGGGGAAAAAUAAAAAAGGCCAAGGAAGUUAAAAGAGACAAAAGGCUUCAAGAAGUAGCGAAAAAUAGUAUAGAGCUGGACGAACAUAAAAAUUUGAUAACCCAAGAUUAUAUUCCCACGGAUGAUGUUGAAGAGGCGUCUAUCCUAAAUGACCAAGUGAAUUUAGAUGAGGUAAACAUCAUACCGGGAAAAGAUUCAGACGGUUUUCCUAUCCCUAAUGUGGCCACCAAAAGUGCUGGUAGUGGCUCGUACUAUUUUUGCCUGAGUGAUGAUGUGAGUAACUCCUCCUACAGAUCAUUCUUUGUGGAUGCCCACAGUUUUGACCUUUUAAAGAUCACUGAAUAUUAUGACCGUACAGAUGGUGUGCAUUACACCGGUAAGGCGGAAGAGGAAGAAGAAGGGUACAACGAUGUGGCUAAAAGGGGAAAGGGAAAGGUGGAAAAUAGUAACCCAGAAAGUUGUACCAAUUUGAAAUCCCGCGUGGGAAGUGGAGCCAACUGGAUGGAUCUCACCAACGUAGAAGUUGGACAAAAAAAAAAUGUCGCAAGAAAUGCAAAAAAAAGUUUCCAUAGUCGCAAUGGUGGCAUAAGCGCAGAAGAAGUGAGGUCCAUAUGUGGAGGCGAUUACACCACCUUGGACGAAAACGAAGAAAGAUUGACAUUUGCAGUUCUGAGGAAGGUUGCCAGAUUUCUCAACGGCGAAAGUGGAAACGUACAAUCAAGUGAAACAAUGAAAGAAAGCACAAAAAGUUUUAACAUUGACAGGGAUGGAGAAAGAGUAGACCCAUUGGUAAGUAAUCCCCCCAUAGACAAAUAUCCGCAGGAUGGUCUUUUUUUCGAAAUGGUGACGAGCACAAGCGUGGUAAAAAGCAGGAGCGAUGAUUCCUUUUUCGAAAAAGCCAUUCUCAAUACAGGUGUGGAGAACUCAGAACUGAUGGAUACGUGCACGUAUAGGCAAUCCUGCGAAAAGGACAAGAACCUGUUCCUGCUUCACUCGAACUUGUUGAAGCAGCGCUCCUUUUUCCAUCAACACGGGACACUGGAAAAUGAAGUAAUGUAUAUUCUAAACAGCUUAACAUUUUAUUCUCACAAAUUGAAGAAUGUACUGAACUAUGCAAUAGGGAGGUGUCCAAAUGGGGACUUCCUACAGGUUAAGUUACUUACCCUCUGUUUGAUCAAUUUAACCGAAAAGGCAAAGAGGAGUGACGGUCCUGCUGUAUGUUUUAAAAGUGUUUCAAUUUUAAUGCAUGAAUUGUUGGGGCGAGUUCGCUAUGGUGUGUUGAGCCUCUCCAAAAAUGGGGAAGUCACUAAAUUUGAGCAGGUCAUUAUGAAAACAUACCUCAUAGAGUUGAUUAAAUUGUGCAGACUAUUGAUAGCAUCACUAGGGGGGAUAAAAAAUCCUUCUCCUUUAUCAUCCUCAGGGGAAUUUUCCCCCCACAAUUUGGAAGCAUCCUCAUGGGGGGAGGUAUCCCAAAUGAGCAAAUUAAAGACCUCGCUUGAGAAGCACCUCGUUCGUAAUUCGGAAGACAGAAGGGUUUUCAAACAAUAUGGUAAUGGUAAUGAAAACGUCACCGAUUGUGUGAAGGAAAAGGGAUCAGGAGUGGUGGUCAAUUCAAUCGAUGGCGACAUAAACCAGGUGAGAAAACUCACUAACGAGGAUGUGGAUUCUCAGAAUGGCCACCGUAGCUACUGUGAUAUCUACAAGCUAAUGAAGCGACUGAAAAGGAAAUUGCUCCUCCUACAACAGAACAGUAAAAACAACUCUUCCAGCUUAAGACUGAUGUUGAAAUAUCUGGACAAGUUGAGUUACAUUUAUAGAGUGAACUCUGCGCUGAUGGUUGACCAGAAAGGAGGGAACAUCCCGGCUGACCAACUGGCUGGCCAACUGGUCGACCAAAUGGAUGACCAAAUUAGACGCAUGCUACAAACUGUGGAGGAAAAAAUAACCGCCUGGACGAAGGGAGGCGAAGCCAUUUGCGACAUACCGACUUUAUAUUCUAUAAAAAGUGUGCAAAAGAAAAUGGAGAAAAAUGUCUUUGCCUUUUUUGAGCAGUUAUCAGGGAAGGAUUCCCAUGGGGAGAGGCCCAUUGGCAUUUCUCCCAGAUUACCUAAACGAAACGGGAGUAUGUAUCUAGAAGGGGAAGAAAUGGCACAUGCUGAAACGAACAGUGUUCGAAACGAAUGUCAUAGUAAGCAAGUGAGAGGUCUACAUAAGGGUGGCGACAAAAAAACGUUCGUUGACAACCCCAUGCACAGCUAUCACGACGAAACGGAGCAUCUAGAACGGCUGAAUGAAUGCCUGAAUGAGGUUAUACUGAGCAAGAGGGAGUAUCUAAUCACAAACCCGAAUGGUCAUUACGCCAUGUUGAAGGAGUACAAAGAAGAGUUGUCCCUACUGAAUGACCUUCGAAAUGGUGAAAAUGCUCUAGUGAAUGAUUUUUUAGACCACAUACCCAGCUCGAAGUUCACUAAAAUUUUAGAUGCGUAUGUUAGGGGAACAAGUUCACGGAACAAGAAAAAGGGAAGCGGCCCUCCACUGGAAGGGAAUUCAUACAGAGAGUCCCAUCCACAUUUGAGUAAUGAAGAAUGUCUUAACCACCGAAAUGGGUGUUGUGGUUGUCCUUCACACGAUGGUAGAAUUUUGCAGGACGCCAUUUCCCUAAGCGAGCCUUUUAGCGCUACACCAUAA